GCAGGCCUUCCACUGUGAGUAUGGUUGAAGCCCUCAUUACUUUAAUUUGUGGCUUUAUUUCUUACCUCUUCCAUACUUUGUGGCGAUCAUUCAUGUCAUAUGAGGAGCGUGACUGUUCACCUAAAGAGGUCAUGGAGGAGUUGAGUCCCAGACAGCAAGCUGCCAAACAGCUGAAGCUACAGUUCCUGAAGGCCCUGAAAGCCAACGACGCUGAGCAGGUCCUGCAGAUCCUGAAAAAGGAGAAACUAGACAUUCACACAGUGCUGGAGGUGGACGACCCCCGCAUGAUACUGGCCUCAUACAAACAAGGUUAUUGGCUUCCAGGCUAUAAACUAGAGAAGUCCUGGGCGAUGGGGAUUCAUGUGUGUGUGAUGUACAACGCUCUGGAAACUGCUCUGGCGCUUCUUGAGGAAGGUGCAGCUGUCAACCGCAUGCCCAACGGAAAGACGCCAUUGCAUGUGGCCUGCGAGAUCGCCAACAGCGACUUUGUUGCACUGCUUUUGGCUCGCAAGUCAAAGGUCAACAGCCUGUCUCUCAGCGGACACACACCACUGCACCACUGCACCAGCCGGGAGUCAAUGGACUGUGCCAAGCAGCUCAUUCUCAAAGGUGCAAACAUCAACAUGCAGAGCCACAGCAAUGAGAUGGAGACUCCUUUACACACAGCAGCCAAGUUUGGCGUCCCCGAGCUGGUGGCUCUCUACUUAAGCCACAGGGCAUCUGUGGACGCUCUUAACUCCCUGCAAGAGACUCCUCUGAUGACGGCUGCCUUCUGGGCUUUUGACACCAAAGAGCAGAUCUUCAGUGAAGACCACCAUUUGGUCUGUCGCCUCCUGCUGGAUCACCAGGCUGAUCCAAACCUCCAAGAAGAGGACAAUAAAACAGCUCUUCACAAGGCAGCAUGGAACUGCGAUCACAUCCUGAUGCAGAUGCUGCUGGAGGCUGGAGCAAACUCACGAGCCAUGGACAUCAAUGGAUGUGCCCCCAUCCAGUAUCUGCUCAAAGUGACUGAUGUCAGGCCUAUGGCCAUACCUGAGCUCUGCUACCAGCUGCUGCUCAACCACAACGCAGCUCGAAUCUACCCGCCCCAGUUCCACAAGGUGCUGCAGUCCUGCUACGACUCCCCCAGAGCUGUAGAAAUCAUGGUAAACUCUUAUGAGCACUUAAAGCCAACAACGAAGUGGAGAGCGGCCAUUCCUGAUGAUUGCUACAAGAGACAUCAAGGUUUCUACGAAUCUAUGUAUGCCGUUUGCACCAACACUCCUCGCAGCCUGCUCCAUCUCACGAGGUGUGUCAUCAGAGCCAGCCUGGCAGUGACGUGCCACAGUGGUGUAGCGCAGCUGCCUCUGCCGUCUCCCAUGAAGAAAUAUUUGUUACUGGAGCCUGAAGGCACACUGUACUGAUAAUGGUUAACAACAACAAAAUACAGCUUCUUUGUUGGAUGGAUACUCCUAUUUGUAGCCUGUCAGAACAUUCAAUACCUGCUGAGGACAAGAAAAAAAAUGCUGCUAGAUAAUGAACUCUUAAUUGCUUUCCUAUGCAUAUAAUUUCCAUCGCAUUUUGUGUUUGUUUGUUUUCAGGAGAUAAGAAAUACAUUUUAAUGUUUAACAUGCAAGAUGUCUUCGUAGGAGCGGAACCUUAAUCGUGAAGGACAUGAUUAUUUUAUUCAUAAUGCUUCCUGCAGAGUUCUUCUAGUCUAUUUUAAGUAAAGGGUAAUGUAUAAUGAACAGGUAGUUAUGCCAAUUAGAAUCCUGACUGGGCAAGCUACUUCACCUGGAAGCACCUCCAUUGGACGCUCCUCAGGCUGCUCUCACAUCUGUGCUGGGUAACUUCCCAAAUGUCAAGACAUGCCUGGGAUUUACACUUACGUUUUUGCCACAGUGUUAACAGGCAGAGGGGAAAUGUGCUGGAAUUCUUUAUGAGCGUUGAUUUGAUAUGACAGGUGGGAAUUACUAUUGAUACGGGGGUUCGACCAAUCAGAAUCAAGUAUUCACAGCUCCUGCAAGGUGUUUUUGGUUGGUUAUGAAACAUAAUAACAUUGAUAUUGAUGUUUCUUUAUGAGCUACAAGGAACAUUUUCACUGGCUGAAACCAAUGACAGGUGUCAGACUAAGUGAUCAAAGGCGCACUGCAGCCUGUUCCGCCACAAAGAUUCUCAAUAAGUUAUACAUUUGAUUGAUGAAAGUGAGCAAGGAGAUUUCUUUCUCAAGAAACACUAAAAACACAUGUACAAGAAAAAAAUCAGCAAAGACUGCUUUGUCCACAGGGGCCGCCAAAACCGUCUCAAACCAGAGGUUCCUCACAGGAGCUUUAACAUAGCCACAAGUACUAAUAAUAGAUAACUGUGAGCAAAUAUAA